UGUUUACUCGUCGUCAUCCCAGAACUCAGGCUCUCAGAGAGAAGGAAGAAAACCACCACUGGUCAGUCUGAAGGAAUAAGAGGCAGACGAAGAAGAAGGAGAGGAGAGCCUCCAUUGCAACCUUUCCGUGUUCGAGACUGUGCAGCAUUGUCUAGACAGAAGCAGUUUGACUUGAUCGAAUCAUUGACAAAUAACCGUGUAGAGGCAAAAUGUGUGCAGGGGUGUAAGUCGAUCAUCUCUACAACAGCAGCAGUAGAUUCAGCGUACCAGCCGUAGUAACCAGCGGCACUAGUAUACCUUGAACUUCGAACUUUGUAUACUUCAGCCAUGGCUUCCCAGGGCCUCCAGAUUAUGGGAGUAAUGCUGGCCAUGAUUGGCUGGCUGGGGACCAUCCUCACUUGUGCCAUGCCCAUGUGGAGGGUCACUGCCUUUGUCGGAGCCAACAUCGUCACCGCUCAGGUCAUCUGGGAAGGGUUAUGGAUGAACUGCGUGGUCCAGAGCACGGGACAGAUGCAGUGUAAGGUCUAUGACUCCAUGCUUGCCUUACCUCAGGACCUCCAGGCCGCCAGAGCUAUGGUCAUCGUGGCAGUGAUUGUGGGCGUCUGCGGCGUCAUGAUGGCCAUCGUCGGGGGGAAGUGCACCAACUGCAUGGAGGACGAGGCUGCCAAAGCCAAAGCCUGCAUCAUCGCCGGGAUCGUCUUCAUCAUCUGUGGCCUCCUCAUCUUCAUCCCUGUGUCAUGGUCGGCCAAUACCCUGAUCAGAGACUUCUAUAACCCCUUGGUGAUAGAGGCCCAGAGGAGGGAGCUGGGGGCGGCUCUGUACAUCGGCUGGGGCUCCGCAGGGCUGCUGCUGUUGGGAGGUGGUCUGCUCUGCUGCAACUGCCCCCCCAAGGAGGGCAACAUGGGCAGGCCAUAUGUGGCGGCUAAGUUCGCCCCCGUCCGGACCACAUCUCCAUCCAUGAACUAUGUAUGAGUGAGGAGUAGAGUCUCGGGUGGAUAUGGGGACAUUUUACAUUUUUUACAUUUGACAUUUUUACAUUUUAGUCAUUUAGCAGACGCUCUUAUCCAGAGUGACUUCCA